AUGCAGCUCAGUGAAUUUUGGAACAUCUUCUUGAAGACAGUACAAUAUCUCUCUGCUUUUAUGUCAGUGUCUCUGAACUGUGUUCUCAUAUUUUUGAUCUUGGCUCACUCUCCAAAGAAGCUGGGACUCUAUAAAUAUCUUAUGAUCUACAUCUCAAGUUUCGAAGCUCUUUACUCUAUUUGGGAUGUCACAACUGAGCCGAUGGUUCAUUCAUACAAAGCAGCAUUCGUUGUCUUCCGAAACUUUAAGCAUUCCGAUUUCGAUCGGGAACAAAGUUUCAUUCUAAUCGUCAUUUACUGUGGCUGUUUCGGUUUUUCUCUGGCAAUUUUCGGUGUUCAUUUCGUCUAUCGAUACGGUGCAGUUGUCAAAGAAUUCCGAGAUAAAUGGUUAGGAGGAAACAAGAUUUAUAUCCUUUUCUUUAUGCCAAUAUUCUAUGGAACAUGGUGGUCUAUUCUCUGUUAUUUAUACUUUCAUUUUGAUUCUUCAACUGAUGAUUAUAUGAGAAGAACAAUAUUCGAUGGAUAUGACAUUGCAAUUGAAGACACUUCAUACAUAAUUGUCUUGUUUCAUCCAAUUGAUAAGUAUGGAAAUACAUAUCCGGACAUUGCAGUCUUCGCUUCGAUCGCCUGCAUGUGGUUCAUGAUUCUAAGCUCAGUUUUCUGUGUCUUCUUCUUCGGAUUAAAAUGUUACAUCCGGAUCUCUGAUGCUCUUUCGAAAACAUGUAACGUGUCGAGUGUCACGAAGAGUCUCCAACAACAGUUAUUCCAAGCUCUUGUUGUUCAGACUGUAAUCCCUCUCAUUCUCAUGUAUAUUCCCAUUGCAAUUCUCUUCACUUUUCCAAUGAUUGCCGUGGAUAUCGGGUUCGCAAGCAGCUUCAUUGCAAUGACUAUUGCAGUUUAUCCAGCAAUUGAUCCAUUACCCAACAUGUUUAUCAUCAAAAACUAUCGGAAAGCAGUCUUUGCUUUCUUCGCUCUCAUAUUCCGUAAUCCGUGUUCUUCUCUUCGUCGUGCCCAGUGUACUCAAGUCGAAUUAGUGUCAAGAAGUGGAACUGAACAGAAUAUCGGAAUUAUUUGA